CGUGAAACUGUAACAUUAAUUGUUGUCUGGCUUCGGGUGUUUCCUCAAGCCAACGAUUUUCUCAUUAAUAAAAUGUGUACACCUCAUGUAACAACUAACAUGAAGCCCGACGAGAAUUGCUUGCUGCAGCUUCCACGGGAACUCAUUGAACAAAUCCUCGGCAACCUAUCGCUCCGGUGCAUUAAAAACCUCAGACGGAUAAACAGGCGCAUGAACGAGUUGGUCUUAGGGCCAUGCUUUUAUAGCUACUUCGGACAAAAGUCUACAAAUCUCACGCCCUCGAGUCUGUCUUCUAUCGAGGCCCUUAUGGAAGACGAUGUAUUCGGCAGGCAUGUCCGUCAUAUCCGGAUUAUUUCUGAGACUUUUGCGAUUGAUUCCGCCGAGAACACUUUGGCUACUGGUCUUUACCACACAGCUGAGUCGACCCUCACAAAUCUAUAUGGAGACGAAUUCUUUGUGCAGCUUGAUAAACCAAUGUCCAAAGCAACUGACGAACAAUUAAAGAAAUUAGCAGUGGACCUUGAGUGGAUGAAAGCCCACGCUGAGGCAUAUGAAAUGCCCUUCAGGACAGAAAAGGAAGAAGAAGAAGUCGUGAAUCGACUUGCACAUAUCCUCAGAUGGCGAGAGCAUUCUCUGCUAGAUACCAUCGAAUUGGACGCACGAUUUGUCGAUGGACCGGGUCUGUUCUCUAGGCCUGUGGCUAGACACAUCGUAGAUUCAGAUCGGCAGCGACUGUGGGCUCGAGCCUCACAGGUUUACCGCCUAGCGAUGAUGGCCUGGGCCCGAAGCGGCGUGGCCAUUUCUAGUUUGCUUAUAUACACCAAUACGACAGGCUGCAGUGUACCGUCUUACGAUGUCACGGUCGGAUUGCUAGGGUUGAUGGAUGCCGGGCUUGCACGAUCGUCAGCCAUUGUUAAAGACUUAGCCUUUAGCUUUUCCACGCGGAUGGACCACGGCUGGGAGCGAUUGGCACAAGUCUAUGGACAGAAGGUUGCAGCAGUUGAGAGGAGGAGGCAACGUUUGCAUUGGCAAGAGAUUCGGGAGGAGAUCGACUGGCAAGAUAUGCAUGGUAUCAUCGCAACAACCGAGGGAGCGGAUUAUACCACGGAUGAUAGUGAUUGGGAUUCGGACACGGAGUUCGACAUGGGUAUCUUGGACGAGAAAGGAUCUGAGAUACAAGGCCGUUAUGGAGACACCAUGCCACAAUCCCUCUACCGUGACAACUUCCCCGGUAUCUCACGUCUUCUCCAGAAUAUGCCCAAUCUUCAGAAGUUGGACUUGCACAUGUACCAGACCCUUGAAUACGAGGCAUAUGACGGAGGCUCAAGGCUUCAUUACUACGAGGCGGUCUUCAAGCAUAUUGUAGACGCAAAGCUCCAGUUUCGCCAGCUUAAAACUCUGAUCCUUCGGGGACUCUUUCUUGACGCCGAAGACCUGCUUGCCUUCAUGAGGCAUCAUUCAGGAAUUGAGAGACUGGAAUUGCAUAACGCCAUGCUUGGACCCCGUCCCGGUUACUCAGGCUGGAACAACGUCUUGACAACCCUGUGCCGCAGAGCGGUACACCACAGCACGUCAUUGUCCAGUGUAUUUUGCUCGGGCCUAUAUAAUACCAGUCGUACGUUUCGUGGGCAAUGGGGCCACCCGCAAAAUCUACUGAGGAGUCAUGAAGAGUUAAAAGGUCAAUGGGUGGAACGAUGGUGGCUUAGGAGCCGCCAAGGGAGGCCAGUACUAUGGACUCGCGAGGUUUUGAGAGAUGAAUUUGAGCAUGAGAAUGCAUUCGGGGAGGAAGGAGGUGCUCAAGGAGCGAAGAACACUGUCCAGUGGACUCCACCUGCUGGACUUCCUAUGGAGGAGCUGCGGGUUUUGCAGGAGGAAGGAUAUGGAAGGACGUAUGGUUAGGGAUAGGAUAGGAGCGCUAUUUACUAUCUAAAUCAUUUUGCUCAGGCUUUUUAUCCAUGCUGGAUAUUCUACAUCUUGUAAAAUAUAAGAUAUAAAAUAUAACCCAUAUAGAGC